AGCUGCGGUGGCCAAGACUAGUUCCCGGGGAGCUGCUCACCAGCGACGCCCAGACAGAUGGAAACCAGUGCACUGCAGGCCACGGAGGGUGGUGGUGACGCAGACAUCGAGCAGCACUUCGGUGCCUGCGGAGCCCAGAUGCCCGCCCAGCCGUCCAGCAAAGACCCGGAGGAGAUGGAGGCCGAGGGCGACUCGGCCCCCGAGAUGGCCGUGAACGGGGAGGAGGACGAGAGCGAGGACGAGCGUAGCGGCAGCGCCACGGAGUCGGAGUCGGAGAGCUCGGAGAUGGACGAUGAGGACUACGAGCGGCGUCGCAGCGAGUGUGUGCACGAGAUGCUGCACUUGGAGAAGCAGUUCUCGGAGCUGAAGGAGAAGCUGUUCAGGGAGCGGCUGAGCCAGCUGCGGGUGCGGCUGGAGGAAGUGGGCGCCGAGAGAGCCCCCGAGUACACGGAGCCCCUCGGGGGGCUGCAGCGGAGCCUCAAGAUUCGCAUCCAGGUGGCAGGGAUCUACAAAGGCUUCUGCCUGGACGUGAUCCGGAACAAGUACGAGUGUGAGCUGCAGGGCGCCAGGCAGCAUCUGGAGAGCGAGAAGCUGCAGCUGUACGACGUGCUGCAGGGCGAGCUGCAGGAGCGGAUCCAGCGGCUGGAGGAGGACCGCCAGGGCCUGGACCUCAGCUCGGAGUGGUGGGAUGACAAGCUACACGCCAGAGGCCCCCCGCGCACCUGGGACUCGCUGCCGCCCAGCAAGAGGAAGAAGGCGCCGCUGGUGUCCGGUCCCUACAUCGUGUACAUGCUGCAGGAAAUCGACAUUCUGGAGGACUGGACGGCCAUCAAAAAGGCUAGAGCAGCCGUGUCCCCUCAGAAGAGGAAGGCCGAUGGGCCUUGACGGAACCUCACUGGCUGGACCCAAAGUUCCUGCUGCAGAAGGUGGUUGACCGUCUCAGCAGCCUGACUCUGCAGGACAGCGGAGGUCGGGGCGACCCCGGACGGGCUGCCCACCUCCACCACCCCCAGCCUCACUGCCCCGCAGAGGGGGCUUUCUCGCAGCACCC